GCUCUCCUCAGUACAGCUCCAUCUCGGUGCCGCGUGAACGCGCAAACCGUCAGUUGUCACAGACGGAUGGAGCAUCUUUGUGGAGGAGACCGACGUCCGUUGUCACGAGCAUAAAGCAUAGUAUUUUCCCAUCCCGUCGGACUGAGGGCAAAGCAGGGCUCGAGGAUACUUUGAUUUGGUGCCAUUAUUUUCGCUCUUGGACAAAGGGCUAUUUAUUUGCUCCUUUAUCGUGUGUCGGGGAUGUGUAUGUGAGUCCGCCGGAUACCGAUGGCCACCCCCGUCCCUAGCAGCAUCAGCACCACCGUCUGCGGCCCGUCAGGCCGGCGCGUCAAUCCACGGCUCUUAUUUCACCAGCAUCGAGACGGGCUGUAGCACCGGGCUGAGAGGACCACCACUUUGGAAAGUAUUGCCUUAGAUGACCUCUGACCUUGGACAAAGGGAUGGGAUACAAGAGGGCUUAACCAACGCAGUAGUUACCAACGCCAACCCAGAAUGUAAAUCCUAGAUUCAUCUGACUUCAAACCAGUGGAGGAACUGUCAUGAGGAGCAGAAGGAUACUGCCACAGCUUAUUUAAAUUCAGUCAAAGGAGCAGGAUAUUAAUAUUGAUGGUAUUGUUCCUCCUGUAUCUUUUAUACCUUCAUCUACUUCCUUUUCAUCCACAUUUGAGAAACACCAUACCAAUCAACCACCUAGAGAAGACCUGGAGCUUCCCUGGAAACGUGGAAUGUACAAGAAGAUAGCGAUUAAUAAUGUUUCCUUGUAAGAAUGUGGAGAUGCAGAGAAAAUAGUUAAAACCGAUACCUGCAGAGCCAGAGUUCUGUUCUAGCCAACAAAACCCCCGAAAGACUCAGUUCCUAUGGUGGUCUCUCUGUAGCCACCUCUUUGCUCUGCAAGGAAAAGGGUUCUGACAUUAUCUCCUUGCUUUUUCCACUGGCCCACGAGGAGCUCGACAUCAAACCAGGAUCCCGUUCUCAAAGGGUUUCUCCAUCCUACCGUGAUGUAGAAGUACAAUGGGUUCACGGGACAGCAAGCAGGAAUGUUUGUCGACUGAACGGAGGGCGUCUGAUUAGAGGCAAGGUGCACUCAGCUAAGACAAAAACAAGGAACCACUGGAGCAUCGAGACGGAGGGGAAAUAAACCAGUAUCACUUUGGAAACCAUUCUGAGGAUUCAAUCCAAUAAAGGGGGAAGGAACAGUGGAACUGCAUUGUCUCUAUCGAAGAGGGGAUUCCUCACUGGAUCCAGCCACAGACUUCAGACAGUGGCUCCGAAGUGGACCAGAACCACGUUCCAAGAUGAGCCACCUGCACGCGGGUCUGAGUCCUGAGACCACGGAGAAGGCCCGCCUAGAGCUGAACGAGAACCCGGACAUGCUGCACCAGGACAUCCAGCAGGUACGAGAUAUGAUCGUGACCCGGCCGGACAUCGGCUUCCUGCGGACCGACGACGACUUCAUCCUGCGCUUCCUGCGAGCCAGGAAGUUCGACCAGGCCGAGACGUUCCGACUGCUGGCCCAAUACUUCCAGUUCCGCCAGCAGAACCUGGACAUGUUUCAGAGCUUCAAGGUGGAUGACCCAGGUAUCAAACGGGCACUGAUGGACGGGUUCCCGGGGGUCCUGGAGACCCCAGACCAACAAGGCCGCAAAAUACUCAUCCUGUUCGCCUCUAACUGGGACCAGGGCAGGAACUCCUUCACAGACAUCUUACGAGCCAUCCUGCUCUCCCUAGAGGUACUGAUCGAGAACCCGGAGCUCCAAAUCAACGGCUUUAUCCUCAUCAUCGACUGGAGCAACUUCUCCUUCAAGCAGGCCUCCAAGCUCACGCCAAACAUCCUGAAGCUGGCCAUCGAAGGCCUCCAGGACAGUUUUCCAGCGCGCUUUGGGGGCAUCCAUUUUGUGAACCAGCCCUGGUACAUCCAUGCCAUGUACACCAUCAUCAAACCUUUCCUCAAAGACAAGACCAGGAAAAGAAUCUUCCUGCACGGCAACAACCUCAACUCUCUGCACCAGCUCAUCCAGCCCGAGUGUCUGCCCUCCGAGUUCGGGGGCACCCUGCCGCCCUACGACAUGGGGAUCUGGGCACGCACGCUGCUUGGGCCUGACUACAACGACGAGACCGAGUAUACAUUGACCUACGACGCCCUGCACGUCAGGGAGAGCUGCGGAGGGGCAGGGGGGGACAAGGAGAUGAUGAAGAGGUCUCAGUCUGCAGUGGAACCAGGAACCUUGAGACACACAGACAGAGAAACCAGUACACAGCCGCUACUGGCUCUAGACUGAGAGACCCACUCACAAAAAUACUCAAUACAAACACACACACGCACGCACGCACACACGCACGCACACACACACACACACUAUGGGAUUCACGUUUGCGUCGUUAUAAACUCUGGACUUGAACAGUCACAGUCAAGCAUUGAUUUGCCAACAAUUGCCAAGCAGCUUCAGUGAUUGUGUGAACACAUGCACAUACAGCGAGCAUACACUCAGAAACACACACAACACCCCUCUCGGAUAGCUCUGCCAUUCUCAACACACACUCAUAAAACUUUGUCCCUUGGUGUUCACAAGUCAAUAAUGUAAGGGUGUAUAUUAUUUAUUUAUUUAUUAUCAAUUGAACACACAACUCUAGUCACCCAAAACCACCGUAUUUGUGUCACACUUUUGUGUUAUGAUUCGAUACAGCAUGUAAAAGACAUUGCAUUGUUUUCAUGUGUGUAUUAUUGCUCUGUCCAAGAUAUGUGUGUGUGAAUUCUCCACAAAAUAUGCACAAGACAAAAGACACAUCCUGUUUUAGUGUGUUAAAGAGCUGGCUUUAUUUGCUUCCUGAUUGGUUAUUAAAUUAUGUUCUCUUUUAGUGGAACCUUCAAAUUGAAUUCCCAUACAAGUGAUUUAUGAGAAGGUAGAGGUCACGCCUCUUGCUCAAGGGGAUUCAAAUUGGGGGUUGGAACCUAGAACCUUUACCUAUCAACCAAACAGCCGACCAGGACAGACAAACUGCCCUUGGCUGGUGAUUGACUUGGUUUGUUGAGAGCCUUCACUGGGCUGACCAGGCCCGCCAAUAUAGCUUCAAUAUCUUGGAGUGGUACUCCAUCCCUUUUCCAAUCUUGCUUCGUAUUAAAAAUCCAAUCUUAGAAAUGAUGUUCCAUAGCCAAGCCGUGUGUGGAAGGUCAUCAGAGCUCUCUCUCUGGAGAACAGAUGGCAAUUUUUGGCAUGAUCAAAGUCUUUGGUUUGAAUGAAAAGGUCACACGGUCUCUCACACACACACACACACACACACACACACACACACACACACACACACACACACACACACACACACACACACACACACACACACACACACACACACACACACACACACACACACACACACACAGUUGAUGUGUUUAAAAAUCGAAUCAAUUUAAAUCGAUUUAAUCUCAUCCGAAGCAGGAAGUUGUUCAAAAGGCAAAAAACAGAUCCACUGCCCCAUACUUCCUUUCAACCAACAACAUGCGUCUAAAGCAGCACUUUUAUGUGCCAGUUGGUACAAACCACUGUCCGUUUCCAGCUGAACAAGUCUCAUAUCUCCCACAUGAUGGGUUCCUCUGAAAGAGCUAGUGAGAGGACACCUAGUCCUCCCUGACACCACCAGUUCCCCCAGAAUGGGGGUACCGGCUCAGACUCAGACAUCACAUGAUCACAGAAAUCCAAGCAGGACAUAACAGGAAAACUAGUGCGAUGAGAGAGUUUUCUGAGCAAUAAGUAUAGUUGGUCUGUUCUAAAACUAGCUUCAUGUCAGUGUAGAGAAAUGUUUUUGUGAGGCUAAUGCUAACGGUAACAGGAAGAAUGCAUCACAGUUAUGGCUCUGUAUCCAAUGAUGUAUCUUCUAACUUAAACAUGCCGACAAAUAAAUGUCAGUAUCAAAAGGUUGAAUAUUUAGAGAUACUUUACUUUGGUAGAAUAUUUUUUUUUCUUUUUUUGUACUUUGAAUGUUAUUUAUUUUAUAUCUCACCUACAAACAGUAAUGAUCACUGCUGUGUGAUUUACAAGAGAAGUAUAUCAAUUUUACUAGGCAGUGUUUCUUUUAAGUUAUCUUUUUUGUUAUUGCAGCAGCAUGAACAAUUGAUCAGAUAUUCUACCAAAGUGGAAUAUGGCUUCAAGUCUCUUGUGUUGCAGUGUAUUUAGCUGAAAGCCCUACAUAUUAAGAACCGGACUCAGAAUGCCAAUCUACCACUUGGAAAUGAAAGUAUUUUAUUUAUGAUUGUAUAUUGUUAAUAUGACCUGUUAUUAUUAUUGCUACACUGCACAAAAUGGAGGAUUGCUGAGGUUUGUUCCUUUUGUUAAUUCAGAUUGAACAGGACGAGCUAUUAAAAUUUUAAAUAACUCUCUGUAAGCCUGCUUUAGAAAAUCUACAGGGAACCAAGCUAAAAAAGACCAGCGUCCCAAUUAACCAUUGGAAACCAUUGACGUUGUCUCUAUUGUAUAUGUGAUUUCACUGAGAGUAACCUACAUACCAACCUGGCGGCUCUUUAGAGCGAUCAGAUUGACCAGCUGCGGUCCACCUUGGUUUUGUGCAGUGUAGACCCUCCUUAGGGCUACACUGACCAGUGAUCAGAUCUCCACACGACUGUAAUGUAUUUUCUUUCAAUGAAUGUAUAGAAGUAAACAUUUACACCAAUCUCUGUGUUAUUCCAGCACUGUGUACCUGCACUUGUGUCAGACAUGAUGUAUUUUUGAAAUGCAGUAUAUAGUAUUCAAAUUAUGUGCUAUUUAAUAUCUCCAGGACAAAAUUAAAGACUUCAAUAAAAAAAGACAAAACCUUA